AUUGGCUUUCAAAGAAAUUAAAGGUGAAUUAAAUUAUGUAUUAUUGUUCAUUUGUUCUGAUAAGACAGCUAUAAAAUAAUGUAGGUACCUUUAAAUCUACUAGCGUAGCAAACAGAUAAAAAACUAAAAAUAGUUUCAUCCGUUUGCCGAUAAAUUGAGAAAACUGUGAUCGAACGAGGUUAAAAUGUUAAUAACAGCGAAGAAAAUUAUUUCACCGGUAUCUUAUUUAUGUAAAACUGUUUGCCGGACUCUUUCUACGUCUGCAGUUGCUAAGGAAGAGAAAAUCAAAAUCAAGGAUGGUGUUAUUAACUAUGUAAAAGUUGGUAAUGGAGCUCAUCAUGCCUUAUUUUUGCCUGGAGCGCUGGGAACAAUAUGGACUGAGGGAAAGCCUCAAAUAGAGGGAUUCAACAGAGAUAAAUUCACAUUAGUGGUUUGGGACCCACCAGGCUAUGGCAAGAGUAGACCUCCUGAAAAAGUAUUUAGUACUGAUUUCUAUGAUAGAGAUGCAGAUGCUGCUUAUGAAUUUAUGAAGGCCUUGAAGAUUCCAAAGUACUCUCUAUUGGGAUUCAGUGAUGGUGGAAUCACCAGUUUGAUCCAUGCUGCCAAGUACCCAGAUGCUGUUAAUAAACUAGUGGUCUGGGGUACCAAUUCUUUCAUCUUACCCAAUGAACUGGAAAUGUACAAAAAAAUUAGAGAUAUCAAUUCCUGGUCAAAAAGGAUGAGGGAGCCUUUAGUUGAAAUAUAUGGGGAGGAAUUAUUUGCCAAAUAUUGGGCUCAAUGGGUAGAUGGAAUGGAGGCUUUAUACAAAACGAAGGAUGGCAACAUCUGUGCAGAACUCCUUAAAAAUAUAAAAUGCCCUACAUUCAUCCUGUAUGGUCAAAAAGACCCUCUUGUGGACAGUGUGCAUGCAUCACACCUACAUACCCACAUUGAUGGUUCAAGGAUACAUCUGUACCCAGAAGGCAAGCAUCAUAUACACUUGAAAUAUGCUGAAGAUUUUAACCAAAGAGUGCAAGAAUUUUUAUUAAAACCAUAACAUACAGUAAUGAAAAAUAUGAUGUCUAAAAGAUAUAUCAAGAAGAUACUUACAAUUGAACAGACAC